GUCCACAGCCCGCAGAGGAGACCCUCGCUGAAGGAGAGCUACCACAGCGACUCCCUGCUGGCACCGGACACCGACUUCAUGACAGGGUGCGUGGAGGUGGCACGAGGAUAUGAUCACAGCCAGGAGAAGAAGAGAAACACGAAACCACCGUGCAGGCCUACACAAAGUCACAAUGCUGCAUGAGAAACAGAUUACUGCGGGCUUCAUGCUCCAAUAAAUACACAGUUAAUGAAAGUCUGCACCCACAGCAGAUUAUCUGUUUCAAGAGGGAAAACUCAUGCAGGCUAUCUAACCAAGAACAUAGAUACAAAAAAUGAGUGACCUGCCCUGUGACCUCUGUAACUCCGAGGAUGAACGAAAUGUUCACUGAAGCGCAACGCCAGCCCAGGCCCCAUUUCAGGUUUAUCUCUGUUGUUUCCUCUCGUGUCUCCAUCCCUCAUAGCCACAUGGGGUUUAUCUGUGGGGGCGUGGUCAAAGAGGCUCAGUCUGAAGGAUUAUCAUUGUAGUCUGCACACCCACAUACACACACACACACACAAGCAUGUGCACAGACAAUUUAGGUUGAAUUGGACGACUGCUGAGUUUAAGCAUUAUCAACCCCACCCCCACCUUUUAUAUAAAUACACACCCUGAGCAAAAGGGCUUUAAAGCGCUGUCAUACACAUCAGUGUGUCCCAGAGGGUAUCAAGCGACCACCAAUGUAAUACUGCCUGGAUGCUGUAAGAGGAGGCUGCUGUGUUGCAGUGUGUGUGAGUGUUACAGUGUGUGUGACAUAAGUGGAGCAAAGGAGAUGAGAUCUUAGUGGACACCAGCCAGUGGAUCAGAAUCAGAUGGAGGGAGAACCAAGCUAUCAGACUAAAGCCAGAGAAGGAAAGAGGAGCGAGAGAUUGUGCUCGCGGGAGGAGAGGAAGAGGAGGAAGACGUCCGGUGUAAUGACAGAGGGCCCAGCUGCCCCCCAGAGGCCCCCUGCCUCCUCAUCGCAGUCCAGUGUCUCCCACGAUGACCGCAGCUCAGCCAGUGGCCUGGAUGUGGUGGAUCGGCUCACCUAUCUGGAGCAGAGGAUGCAGAUGCAGGAAGAUGAAAUCCAGCUGUUGAAGAUGGCCCUGGCAGAUGUUCUCAAGAGGCUCAACAUCUCUGAGGAGCACCAAGCAGCUGCUGCUGGUGGCAGGAGAACAUCAGGUGCUAAAGCCCGGCCAGUGUCUCUGGCUCUGCCGUCCAGGCCCUCUCUGUUGCCCUCCAGCGCUGCCUCCCUGAAGAAGAGCACCACGCUGCCCUCCAGCUCCACAGCCAGGAACUACAGCCCCACACCCCCCCGCAGUGGUGUGUGGAGCCCAGCCAGUAAUGUGAAGGACAGUCCAGGUAAGACCACCAAACGCCCCACCUCUACAGCCUCCACAGCCUCCACAGCCUCCACAAGUAAGAAGCCUCAGGAAGGCAGCAAGUCCAAGGAGCCAGCAGCAGUGAGUGGAGGGACAAGCCGUGUGACACACUGCAAAGUGACUAUGCAGAUCUAUCUGAGCCCCCUAACAAGAAGGACUGGAUCUUCUGAGUUCGCCAAAUCUACCUCCAAGGUGCCUGCCAACUGCGGCUCGGCUGCACCCAACAACCCUCAGGCGAAGGGCGGCGGCAAGCCCGGGGCGAAGAAGACGAGCCCGUCCUUCAUCUUAAACCUGCAGAAAACCACAACCAGCCAGAGCACAGCGCAGCACGACUUUUCCAGCUACAAGAGCCCUGUCAAAUCGCCCAGCCAGUAUUUCCAGAUUUGUUACUGAGGCUGGAGGGCCGAGAAAGAUUUGCCAGAAUGUAUCCCUGCUUUCAUGUUUACUGAACCAAAACAAAUGGUUAAACACCCGUUUCUAAAUUGGGGCAUUAAAUGGCUGUUAACAGUGUUAGGUUUGAAGGUUGUUGGGUUCAGAAUUCCAGAAAAGACAGACAACUUCUAAGUUUAACUAUUUAUUGUAAAGAGAGCAAAAUAUAUAUAUUACUUGGCCAAGGACUCAUCACGUCUUUGGGAAUCACAGGCAGCAAAGCUGUAAUCUGUAACCACCGAAUCCGUCAAGAGCCUCGAACCUCGUGCGACAAUACAUUUUAUUACACAGGGCGUUCCCCGUACAUUUUUGAUUGGUCAAGACUAGCUGAAGAGAUACCAUGGUUUCAGUGACGUGCGGUGAGGUUCAUGGUUGGUGAGGCACUGACUCUUUCAGAGUCAGAUUUACAAAUAUUAUAUUUUGACCUUAAUCGAAAUGUUCGGUUAUUUUCAAAAGAUUUUUUAGUCUGAU